UGGUUUGUAACUGCACGUUUUGUCAAUAUUUUCCCAAACCACAUAGACCAUAGUUACACAUUGUUUGAAAUCCUAUAGUACUAAUUUUGUUAAUUGUAUUAUACAUUUUGUUCGACCAAGUUGAUACAAUCGUACUCAAUUACCAAGUUGCUUACAUUUGUUUCUGCACUAAAAACCGUUAGAACUUAUUUUUCAAUUUGAUACGUUCAUUAAUAUUUUGUUAUUUUAUAUCAUUUGAUAAAUUGAGUUGUGUUUAAAAUACGUCAUGUCAAACGAAAAUGAAGAGAAGUUUGAUGCUAUGCUAUUAGCAUUAGCUCAACAACACGAGAAAGGCGUUGAGCAAUUGCUCGAUACAUUUUUCAGCUUUUUGGCUCGUAAGACUGAUUAUUUUACAGGGAGUCCAGAUGAAAACGCUUCUGAAAGAAUUUUAAUGGCAAUAUUUAAUAAACACCGUAAUAAUGCUCUCCAAGAAAAACAUGCAGCCGAUAAAAAACGCCAAGAAGAAGCCUUGAAAAGGUUGCAAAAAGCACAAAAAGAACAAGAGUCAAAACCAAGGCUACAGGAGUUAACUGAUGAAGAAGCUGAGAAACUGCAAAAAGAAUUAGAUAUGAAAAAGCAGAAGAAUAGUGAGGAUACAUCAAAUCUUGCUAGUGGUGACAAUAACGACGUGUCUCAAUUCAUUGAAGAAGACGAAGAUCCAAAAGAAAAGGGUAAACUUAAACCGAAUGCAGGAAACGGUUGUGACUUACCAAAUUACAAAUGGACACAAACACUGUCAGAUAUUGAGUUAAAAAUACCCUCUAAGGCCGCUUUCAAGUUGAGAUCACGCGAUGUCAUUGUUAACUUAAAAAAGAAAAGCAUAUGUGUUGGAAUUAAAGGACAACCACCGAUAUUGGACGACGAGCUACAACACGAAAUCAAGCUCGAGGAUACCACUUGGCUACUCGAAGAUGGAAAAACAUUCCUUAUUAAUAUAGAAAAGGUAAAUAAAAUGGAAUGGUGGUCAAAAUUGGUAGAGUCGGAUCCUGAAAUUUCCACUAAGAAGAUUAAUCCAGAGCCGUCUAAGCUGUCUGACCUUGAAGGCGAGACAAGGUCCAUGGUAGAAAAAAUGAUGUAUGAUCAGCAACAAAAAAACAUGGGUUUACCAACUUCAGACGAGAAGAAAAAACAAGACGUGUUAAAAAAGUUUAUGGAACAACAUCCUGAUAUGGACUUUUCAAAAUGUAAAUUUAACUAAGAAACAAAAUAAAAAGAACAACGUUAAAUCUCCCGUUCAUACAUUGUCAACUGCAGUUUUUUAAUGCAAAUAUUUUUGAUAGUAAAUAUGUAUUUUUAAACCUGA